AUGCUGAUCCACGCCCCUCUUGUAUUUACAGAAAAUAACCCAGAAGUCAUGACCAGGCUGGCCCAUCGACUUGGACUAUCUUCAGCAUUCUCGUUCCACGACGCCUACAGCCUGACUGACCCCGACUUGGUGGCAUUUUUACCUCGACCAGCCAGUGCUCUCUUGUUCACCUACCCAACCUCAGCAACCGCCGAAGCCUACUACAACAAGUCUAAUGAGGCCGAAGCUGGCUACGAUGGCUCAGGGCCCGGAGAACCCGUCAUGUUUUACCGCCAAACAAUCCACCACGCCUGUGGCCUCAUUGGUCUCCUCCAUUGCACCACCAACGGGACCGCAGCCGACUUCAUCCAGGAAGGGAGUGACCUCGACAAAUUGAUCAAAGACACAACUCCCCUCAAGCCCGCCGAGCGAGCUCAGUUCCUCCACGACUCAGAAAUGCUAGAGAUUGCUCACGCCGCAGCUGCCCAGUCGGGAGAUAGCACCGCGCCACCACUAGGAGAAGAUCCUGGUCAUGCUUUCAUUGCAUUCGUCAAGGGAAAGGACGGACAUCUGUGGGAGUUGGAAGGCAGAAGAAAAGGGCCGGUCGAUCUGGGCGUACUUGAGGAAGAUGAAGAUGUCCUGAGCGACAAAGCGCUCAGCUUGGGGCCAUUCCCAUUCCUCAAACGUGAAGAGGAGGCAGGCAGCGGCGAUUUCAGAUUCAGCUGUACCGUGCUUGCUCCAAGUCUUGAUGACUGA